CGCCGCCGGGCGGCGGGGGCCUGCGGGGCCGCCCGGGCUGCCGCGUUAACCCUUCGCCCGCUGCCGUCCGGGGACGCUGGGAAGUCGCCUGGGCACACACGUGCCGCCUCCGUCGGGGCCGCGGAGCUGCGGGGGAGAUGCGGGCAGCCGGCGCCGCCUCGGGGGGCUCCGCCUCGCCCCAGCCCCCCGAGCUCUGACGCCGCCCCCGCCCCUCCGCCUCCACGCCUCGCUCCCCGUGAGGGGCGCAGACCCGCGCGCCCGGGGCCGGGGCCGCCUCCGGAGCGUCGCGAUCCGCCUUUUCUUUCCUUUCUUUAUUUUUUUUAUUUUUCCCCCCUUUUAAAUUUUGGUCGGUGGCGGAAGUGCUGGGCCCGAGGAAGGAAGGGACACGGAGGCCGCCCUCGCUCAGACACCCCCUCCCCGCUUCCCCCUGGGCCGGGCUCCGGGAGAUGUGCCGGGCGGGGGGCCCGGCUUCGCGAAGCCGCCGGAGGAGCGCGCACGGCCGACCCCGAAGCGCCGCUGGACAGGCUGGUGGGCCAGGCUGUGGUACCCUGGUGAUGCGGGGCGAGACCCACCCCACAGUCCGCUGAGAGUCCUGCGCCCGCCCCUGGCCUUCGCCAUGGCCCGCUUGGCUGCAGCACUCUGGAGCCUCUGUAUCACCACUGUCCUCGUCACCUCUGCUACCCAAGGCCUGAGCCGGGCCGGGCUCCCAUUUGGAUUAAUGCGCCGGGAGUUAGCAUGCGAAGGUUAUCCCAUCGAGCUGCGGUGCCCAGGCAGUGACGUCAUCAUGGUGGAGAACGCUAACUACGGGCGCACAGAUGACAAGAUCUGCGACGCCGACCCUUUCCAGAUGGAGAACGUACAGUGCUACCUGCCCGACGCCUUCAAGAUCAUGUCCCAGAGGUGUAAUAACCGAACCCAGUGUGUGGUGGUAGCCGGCUCUGACGCCUUUCCUGACCCCUGUCCUGGAACCUACAAGUACCUGGAGGUGCAGUACGACUGUGUCCCUUACAUAGAAGUGGAGCAGAAAGUCUUCGUGUGCCCAGGGACUCUGCAGAAGGUACUGGAGCCCACCUCCACACAUGAGUCAGAGCACCAGUCUGGUGCCUGGUGCAAGGACCCGCUGCAGGCAGGUGACCGUAUCUACGUCAUGCCCUGGAUCCCCUACCGCACGGACACACUGACUGAAUAUGCCUCGUGGGAGGACUAUGUGGCUGCGCGCCACACCACCACGUACCGACUGCCCAACCGUGUGGAUGGCACUGGCUUUGUAGUCUACGACGGCGCAGUCUUCUACAACAAGGAGCGCACGCGCAACAUCGUCAAGUAUGACCUGCGCACUCGCAUCAAGAGCGGAGAGACAGUCAUCAACACAGCCAACUACCAUGACACCUCGCCUUACCGCUGGGGAGGCAAGACAGAUAUUGACCUGGCGGUGGAUGAGAACGGGCUGUGGGUCAUCUAUGCCACUGAGGGCAACAACGGGCGCCUGGUGGUGAGCCAGCUCAACCCCUACACACUGCGCUUUGAGGGCACCUGGGAAACGGGCUACGACAAGCGCUCGGCCUCCAAUGCCUUCAUGGUGUGCGGUGUCCUCUACGUGCUGCGCUCCGUGUAUGUGGAUGACGACAGUGAGGCAGCGGGCAACCGUGUGGACUACGCCUUCAACACCAAUGCGAACCGAGAGGAGCCAGUCAGUCUCGCGUUCCCCAACCCCUACCAGUUUGUGUCCUCUGUCGACUACAACCCCCGGGACAACCAGCUGUACGUGUGGAAUAACUACUUUGUGGUGCGCUACAGCCUGGAGUUUGGACCCCCAGACCCUAGCGCCGGCCCAGCUACUUCUCCACCUCUUAGUACCACCACCACAGCUCGGCCCACACCCCUCACCAGCACAGCCUCGCCUGCAGCCACCACUCCACUCCGCCGGGCACCUCUCACCACACACCCAGUGGGUGCCAUUAACCAGCUGGGACCUGACCUGCCUCCAGCGACAGCCCCAGCACCCAGCACCCGGCGGCCCCCAGCUCCCAAUCUGCAUGUGUCCCCUGAGCUCUUCUGUGAACCCCGAGAGGUCCGGCGGGUCCAGUGGCCAGCCACCCAACAGGGUAUGCUGGUGGAGAGGCCUUGCCCCAAGGGAACGCGAGGAAUUGCCUCGUUCCAGUGUCUCCCUGCUCUGGGGCUCUGGAAUCCUCGGGGUCCUGACCUCAGUAACUGCACAUCCCCUUGGGUCAACCAAGUAGCCCAGAAGAUUAAGAGCGGAGAGAAUGCAGCCAACAUUGCUAGUGAGCUGGCCCGUCAUACGCGGGGCUCCAUCUACGCUGGGGAUGUGUCCUCCUCGGUGAAGCUGAUGGAACAACUGUUAGACAUCCUGGACGCCCAGCUCCAGGCCCUCCGGCCCAUUGAGCGCGAGUCAGCUGGCAAGAACUACAACAAGAUGCACAAGCGAGAGAGAACCUGCAAGGAUUAUAUCAAGGCCGUGGUGGAGACGGUGGACAACCUGCUCCGGCCAGAGGCACUUGAGUCCUGGAAAGAUAUGAAUGCCACGGAACAGGUGCAUACAGCCACCAUGCUCCUAGAUGUCCUGGAGGAGGGGGCCUUCCUGCUGGCCGACAAUGUCAGGGAACCCGCUCGCUUCUUAGCUGCCAAGCAGAACGUGGUCCUGGAGGUGACUGUCCUGAACACAGAGGGUCAAGUGCAGGAGUUGGUGUUUCCCCAGGAAUAUCCCAGCGAGAACUCCAUCCAGCUGUCUGCCAACACCAUCAAGCAGAAUAGCCGCAACGGGGUGGUCAAGGUUGUCUUCAUCCUCUACAACAACUUGGGCCUGUUCUUGUCCACGGAGAAUGCCACGGUGAAGCUGGCAGGCGAGACAGGGACCGGUGGCCCUGGCGGUGCCUCCCUGGUGGUGAACUCGCAGGUCAUCGCAGCUUCCAUCAAUAAGGAAUCAAGCCGCGUCUUCCUCAUGGACCCUGUCAUCUUUACUGUGGCUCACUUGGAGGCCAAGAACCACUUCAAUGCAAACUGCUCCUUCUGGAACUACUCAGAGCGCUCCAUGCUGGGCUACUGGUCAACCCAGGGCUGUCGCCUGGUGGAGUCCAAUAAGACCCAUACCACAUGUGCCUGCAGCCACCUCACCAACUUCGCAGUGCUCAUGGCUCACCGAGAGAUCUACCAGGGCCGGAUCAAUGAGCUGCUGCUGUCGGUCAUCACUUGGGUGGGCAUUGUCAUCUCCCUGGUCUGUCUGGCCAUCUGUAUCUCCACCUUCUGCUUCCUGCGAGGCCUGCAGACCGACCGCAACACCAUCCACAAGAACCUGUGCAUCAACCUCUUCCUUGCCGAGCUGCUCUUCCUGGUUGGGAUAGACAAGACUCAGUAUGAGGUUGCCUGCCCCAUCUUCGCGGGCCUGCUGCACUACUUUUUCCUGGCCGCGUUUUCCUGGCUGUGCCUGGAAGGUGUGCACCUCUACCUGCUGCUGGUGGAAGUGUUCGAGAGCGAAUACUCGCGCACCAAGUACUAUUACCUGGGCGGCUACUGCUUCCCAGCCCUGGUGGUGGGCAUUGCAGCCGCCAUUGACUAUCGAAGCUAUGGCACCGAGAAGGCCUGCUGGCUGAGAGUUGACAACUACUUCAUCUGGAGCUUCAUUGGGCCUGUUUCCUUUGUCAUUGUGGUGAACCUGGUGUUCCUCAUGGUGACCCUGCACAAGAUGAUCCGGAGCUCAUCAGUGCUCAAGCCUGACUCCAGCCGCCUUGACAACAUCAAGUCCUGGGCGCUGGGCGCCAUUGCGCUGCUCUUCCUGCUGGGCCUCACCUGGGCUUUCGGCCUCCUCUUCAUCAACAAGGAGUCUGUAGUCAUGGCCUAUCUCUUCACUACCUUCAACGCCUUCCAGGGGGUCUUCAUCUUUGUCUUUCACUGCGCCUUACAGAAAAAGGUGCACAAGGAGUACAGCAAGUGCCUGCGCCACUCCUACUGCUGCAUCCGCUCCCCACCUGGGGGUACUCACGGCUCCCUCAAGACCUCAGCCAUGCGAAGUAACACCCGAUACUACACGGGGACCCAGAGCCGAAUCCGGAGGAUGUGGAACGACACCGUGAGGAAACAGACAGAGUCCUCCUUUAUGGCAGGUGACGUCAACAGCACCCCCACCCUGAACCGAGGUACCAUGGGGAAUCAUCUACUGACCAACCCCGUGCUACAACCCCGUGGGGGCACUAGCCCAUACAAUACACUCAUUGCAGAGUCUGUGGGCUUCAAUCCUUCCUCGCCCCCAGUCUUCAACUCCCCAGGAAGCUACAGGGAACCCAAGCACCCUUUGGGAGGCCGGGAAGCCUGUGGCAUGGACACCCUGCCCCUUAACGGCAACUUCAACAACAGCUACUCCUUGAGAAGCGGGGAUUUCCCUCCAGGGGAUGGGGGUCCUGAGCCACCCAGAGGUCGGAACCUGGCCGAUGCUGCUGCCUUUGAGAAGAUGAUCAUCUCAGAGCUGGUGCACAACAACCUGCGGGGGGCCAGUGGGGGUGCCAAAGGGCCUCCACCGGAGCCUCCUGUGCCACCCGUGCCAGGGGUCAGUGAGGACGAGGCCGGCGGGCCUGGGGGUGCUGACCGGGCAGAGAUUGAACUUCUCUACAAGGCCCUGGAGGAGCCACUGCUGCUGCCCCGGGCCCAGUCGGUGCUGUACCAGAGUGAUCUGGAUGAGUCGGAGAGCUGCACGGCAGAGGACGGGGCCACCAGUCGGCCCCUUUCCUCACCUCCCGGCCGGGACUCCCUCUAUGCCAGCGGGGCCAACCUGCGGGACUCGCCCUCCUACCCGGACAGCAGCCCCGAAGGGCCUAAUGAGGCCCUGCCCCCACCCCCACCUGCCCCCCCUGGGCCCCCAGAAAUCUACUACACCUCCCGCCCGCCGGCCCUGGUGGCUCGGAAUCCCCUACAGGGCUACUACCAGGUGCGGCGGCCCAGCCAUGAGGGCUACCUGGCAGCCCCCAGUCUCGAGGGGCCAGGGCCCGAUGGGGACGGGCAGAUGCAGUUGGUCACCAGUCUCUGAGGGGCCUCAUGGACCAGAGGCCAGGGGCCUGGCCAGGGAGGGAACCCAGGAGGGGCUUUGGUGGGAGCAGAGACUGACGGAGGCAGUGGCUGGUGGGCCACUCUCUCCAGGUGCCCCUCAGCCCGUGGGCCCCACAGUCCCCUCGGGGGCUCUGACCUGGGCCCCAGGUGCCAGGGUUAGUAGACAGGGUUUCCACCAGCCACAGGCCCCAGCCUCUCUAGGGGAGUGCAAUGAGGAAAAGCACUUGGGCCCUGGGAGUAGGGGAGAAUCUCACUUCUGACUCUCCCUGCCUGUGGAGGAAGAGCAAGGGAUAAGGCUUCCCUAGGAUUUUAGGGGGUUGCCGCUUUUGAGGUGGCCGAAGCCUUGCAGGAUCCAGUUUAUCAGCUGCUCCUCCCCAUCUACCGGAGGGGAGCAGUGGGGCGGCGGGACAGAUGGACAGGAUCCUCCCUGCUAGGUUCCUUGUGCCCUGGAGACUGGGCCUUGCACCACAGGCAGGCCGAGGCCUGGGGAUGGGCUGGUGGUUAUCGAGGAACUUUCUCUGAAGCUCCUUUCUCCCUUGCUAUCGGUCCUUGUUUCCCAAGCAAGCCUGCCCCUCAACCCUCAGAGUGCACCCAAUGACCCCUCCCUUGGGGUGACUCCCGAUGAAGCACAACUCCCCGCAGGGCCCCUAACCCACUGGGGUGGCCAUAUCUGGGCAGUUCCCAGUCCUGUGGGCUGGGCUAUCUGGGGAGCAGAUUUGGGGUCUGGGGCUCCCUGAGGAGUGGGUCCUGGGUUUGGAUCUUUCCCUAGGGGGUCCUCUUACCCCUCUCUCUUCCUCCCCUAUUGCUGUAAAUAUUUCAACAAAACGGAAAAGAAAAAAAAAAGACAAAAAAAAAAAGUAAGAAAAGAAAAUCUCAUCACUUGAAGCCACCGGGCACCUGCAGCCCAGGCCAGCCCAGACUUUCUCCGGAACAGAGCAGCGGCCAGUCCUGGCAACCAGGACUUCCUGUAUUGUACAUCCCAUCCAGGGCGGGCAGCCACCAGAGCCGCUUUUACACUCCAGAGAGCAACAGCGAAACAAAGAACCUGUCCUUCCCGGCACCGGUCCCGUCACCUCUGCUCUGUCGGUCCUGCAUCAGUCUGCCCUCCUGGGGCGUGUACCUCACUGCCUGCCCCGCUGGCCAGGAGACACCCUCACACCCAAAGAUGCUUUUGCCGAGAUGGCUGCACUACCCCUUUGAGUUCCUGCUUCUCGUAUAUCACUUCAGGACUCAGGGCAGGCAGGAGGAGGCUGGUGUCCCAUCCUGAGGAGGGCAAGGGAAAGGAGUGAAGGGCAGGGAAUGGUUCCUGUGGCUGAGCAGGAUGGCAGUGGUGAGGUCUUUCUGAGGGAGAAGGGGAACAAAGGUGAGAGGUCCCUUUCCCUUGCCCCUCACCCCAAGCCCUCUGCCAGGCUUAAGGUGUCUGCCUAGCACCUCUGGCCCUUCAGCCUGGCCUGCCCUCCCCCAGUUUUGGGGGGGAUAGCAUUAACUCUGCUGCCAUCUUCCGGAGAUGGAAUCACACCUCUGCUGACUUCACCCUGUUUUUUCCCUGCCUCCUUCCUCACAAGUGCCAUGAGUUUUCAAGCAUCCUCGGGUCUCAGCUUGCUGCUGCCGUGAACUUCUUUGGGUUAUGAGGAAGGGGCUCUAGGAAGGCGCUGAGCAGGAGGUGAAUCCGUGGCGAGGAGGACCCUUUUUGCUGCUAGAAAGCCCUCUCCCUUUUGGGGAGCUGGGACUGGCUUGUCCCCAUCAAUGUGGGGGAAAGGGGCCAGACCAAAGAUAAUGGUUUGCCCCACGAAGGGGAACAGAAGUGAAAAGGCAGGGUUUAUUCCAUCUCUGGUUUUUUCUGGUAGUGUGUUUUAGCCUAUCUUGCCAGAAGACCAAGGGUGAAGUCUAGAUGGGGGAGAGAGGAUGGGGGUAGUCUUGCCAAGGCAGGCACGGAGAGUAGGAGAUGGCUUGUGGCCCUUGCCUAACUACUGCUGGACCUGGAGCUUGCUGUGGUUCUGUGGAGUUACUGGCCCAGGAAGCAGAGGACUUAACUCAGCCCAGGCCUGAGGCCCAUCAAACAUCAAUAAAUCUGGGAGAAAGGGCCGGCGAAGAGGUCCUCUGGGAUUGGAGGCACAGGAGUCCUGCUCCCUCAUUCCCUGCACAGCCCUUUUCCAGAUGUGGGCGAUGGACGGCGGAGGAUGUGGUGCAGCAGGGCCUUUGGUUCCUACUCUAGCUGGCAUCGCUAGCACAGAGUAAACCCCAGGCCUCAGCUACAUGGCAGGUCCCCAAGUGGGGCUGGUUCCACUGCAAUCCAGCGCAAAGCCACCCAGAGAGCCCAGGUGUCCCCUACCCUAACCAGACCUGGUGCCUUGACGCCCCCACCCCAGCGGGGACGGUACAAAGAAGGGUCUUGGUCUCCUACUCCCUUCCUUGGGCUCCUGAAUUCAUUUGCUCCUAAAUCUUGCUCAUUCUUUUUCUCUGCAUUUUUUUUCCUUUUGGGUUUUUCUAACUAUCCACCUUUCUUUGUGUCCCUUUUGCUGUCUCUGUGUUUCCCCCCCCCCAUUCUCAAUUUCUCUGUCCAUUUGGGCCUCCCUGCUCCCACAUCCUAGUCCCUUCUUUCCUUGGUCUCCUUUUCGAUAUGCCAAACCAAUUUUGGGUCGAGUGCAUUUAACGAGAACAAAACAAAAGGCUCAUAAGAACGUUUCAGAAAAAAACAAAAAGUUUAAAAAAAUGUUGAGUCAAAAAGUCAAACAAUAAAGAAAUUAAGAUUU